UUUGGGCAGCUGCAUUUCCCCCAUAGCUCUCUACCUCCCCACCGCCUGCACUGAAGCGGAUGAAAACAAACACUAAGGAUGGCGGCGCCGGGCAGCGACUAGUUGCUGGCUUAGGUCCGGAGAGAUCGCUUGACGUGUGAAGGGGAAGCUCUGAGGAAAACUAGUCGACACCAGUCCGACAGCUUUUUCAGUUCUGGUAUCCGAAGCCUCGUUAGCGUGAGGUAUCUCUCUGCGACCUGUGCUGUCACUACCGCCCCGGAGCGCGGAACCCUCAGCCGGGAGGUGCGGUUGGCCGGCCCCAGGCCCCGGCCUCCGGAAUGAGAGCCCGGAGCCAUUCUCUGUGCCGUAACUUCGCAGGUUCCAGUAGGCAAUGGAAACUGACCUCAGUUCCCAGGACAGAAAGGACUUGGACAAGUUUAUUAAGUUUUUUGCCCUCAAGACUGUCCAAGUGAUUGUCCAGGCUCGACUUGGAGAAAAGAUUUGCACCCGUUCGUCAUCUUCCCCAACGGGUUCAGAUUGGUUCAAUUUAGCAAUCAAAGAUAUCCCAGAAGUCACCCAUGAAGCAAAGAAGGCUCUGUCGGGGCAGCUGCCUGCUGUGGGGCGAUCUAUGUGUGUGGAGAUCUCACUCAAGACUUCUGAGGGAGAUUCCAUGGAGUUGGAAAUUUGGUGUCUUGAAAUGAACGAAAAGUGUGACAAAGAAAUCAAAGUUUCCUACACUGUAUACAACCGAUUGUCACUGCUGCUGAAGUCUCUUCUUGCUAUUACGAGGGUGACACCAGCCUAUAGACUCUCCAGGAAGCAAGGGCAUGAAUAUGUGAUUUUGUACAGGAUUUAUUUUGGGGAAGUUCAACUGAAUGGCUUAGGAGAAGGCUUCCAGACAGUUCGAGUUGGAACAGUGGGCACCCCUGUGGGCACCCUCACUCUUUCCUGUGCUUAUAGAAUUAACUUGGCAUUCAUGUCCACCAGGCAAUUUGAGAGGACCCCACCUAUUAUGGGGAUUAUCAUUGAUCACUUUGUUGACCGUCCUUACCCCAGCUCCUCUCCUAUGCACCCGUGCAAUUACAGAACUGCUGAGGAUGCUGGAGUCACAUACCCAUCAGUGGAAGACUCUCAGGAAGUGUGUACCACAUCUUUUUCCACAUCUCCUCCCUCCCAGUGUGUGUUUACUGUCACAAAGGCACAUUUUCAGACCCCUACUCCUGUGGUGACGGACACUCUGAGAGUCCCCAUGGCAGGACUGGCCUUUUCCCAUCAACUCUCAAGCUCUCGCCUUUCCUAUCAGCCUGCUGUCCUGGGCCUUGGAUCAGCUGACCUGGCUUAUCCAGUAGUGUUUACUGCUGGCUUAAACACUACACACGCUCACCAGCUGAUGGUUCCUGGGAAGGAAGGUGGGGUACCUCUUGCUCCCAACCACCCUGCUCAUGGUGCCCAGGCUGAUCAGGAGAGACUGGUGAUGCAUAUGCCUUCUGAUGGCACCCACUGUGCUGCCACACCCUCAAGCAGUGAGGACACUGAGACUGUAUCUAACAGCAGUGAAGGACGGGCCUCACCCCAUGACAUCUUGGAGACUAUCUUUGUCCGAAAAGUGGGAGCAUUUGUCAACAAACCCAUCAAUCAGGUGACUCUGACGAGUUUGGACAUACCCUUUGCCAUGUUUGCUCCUAAGAAUUUGGAGCUGGAGGAUGCUGAUCCUAUGGUGAAUCCCCCGGACUCCCCAGAGACCACAUCUCCCCUCCAUGGCAGCCUGCACUCAGAUGGCUCUAGUGGGGGCAGCAGUGGCAACACACAUGACGACUUUGUUAUGAUUGACUUUAAACCAGCCUUUUCUAAAGACGACAUUCUUCCAAUGGACUUGGGGACCUUUUACCGUGAAUUUCAGAAUCCCCCUCAGCUGAGCAGCCUCUCCAUAGAUUUUGGAGCUCAGUCUAUGGCGGAAGACUUGGUAUGGAAACCCCUUCCCUCAGGGCUCCUUCUCUAGCCUCCCAGCCUCAUCUGAUAGCUACUCCUGUGCUUCAGCCGGUCCUGCCCAUUGCCUUCUAUCUUUGCUGAAAGAAAAGGAAUCUUUUUAGCUGGCUUUCACCCUUGGUCACACUCACAAGUCCAUGCUGCCUGGCAGUUGUCCUAAAUUGCCUUGAGCUUGAUUUUCUUGUUCACAGCACUUUAAAAAUACUUAGUGUGCUAGGCAGUGGUGGCACACGC